UAUUCUACUUCUCGCACCAACUCACGAGCCAGCCAGUGUUUUCUUCCAGCGGGCCAGUUUUUGCGUUUCAACCAAUUUAUCUCCAGUCUCAAACAUUUGUCUCGAUUCACUUCUAAGAAGCCUCCUUCUUGUGGCUCUGUCAAGAACAAGCCGGUUUCUUGCAUCAACUCAAACAGCCUGGUUGUUGUUGCUCCAUCUUAA